CCCGCUGUCUGUGAUCACGAAUCAUCCAAUUAAAAACAACCAUCAACCAUGGAUUCCAAUGUGUUCUGCCCCUAUAAAUAGUCCAGCAUCUCAUUCUCUCGUCUACUUCAAAGAAUCACACACCAAAACCUCCAUUAGUUCCUAAACCCUAGCAAGAAGCAGCACAAAACCUUGCCACACUUGGCUAGUGAGACACACCAUGGCGACGUGCUUGGACAGCCUCGGGCCGCUGCUCGGCGGCGCGGCGAACUCCACCGACGCGGCCAACUACAUCUGCAACAGGUUCACGGACACCUCCUCCGCGGUGGACGCGACGUACCUGCUCUUCUCGGCCUACCUCGUGUUCGCCAUGCAGCUCGGGUUCGCCAUGCUCUGCGCGGGCUCCGUCCGCGCCAAGAACUCCAUGAACAUCAUGCUCACCAACGUGCUCGACGCCGCCGCCGGCGCGCUCUUCUACUACCUCUUCGGCUUCGCCUUCGCGUUCGGGACGCCGUCCAAGGGCUUCAUCGGGAAGCAGUUCUUCGGGCUGAAGCACAUGCCGCAGACAGGGUACGACUACGACUUCUUCCUCUUCCAGUGGGCCUUCGCCAUCGCCGCCGCCGGCAUCACGUCCGGUUCCAUCGCCGAGCGGACGCGCUUCAGCGCGUAUCUCAUCUACUCCGCCUUCCUCACCGGGUUCGUGUACCCGGUGGUGUCGCACUGGUUCUGGUCCACCGACGGGUGGGCUUCGGCCGGCCGGUUGACGGGUCCGUUGCUGUUCAAGUCGGGCGUCAUCGACUUCGCCGGCUCCGGCGUCGUCCAUCUGGUCGGUGGCAUUGCUGGCCUGUGGGGUGCCUUCAUCGAGGGCCCUCGCAUCGGGCGGUUCGACGCCGCCGGCCGCACGGUGGCGAUGAAAGGGCACAGCGCCUCACUGGUCGUGCUCGGCACCUUCCUGCUGUGGUUCGGGUGGUUCGGCUUCAACCCGGGGUCCUUCACCACCAUCUCCAAGAUCUACGGCGAGUCGGGCACGAUCGACGGGCAGUGGUCGGCGGUGGGCCGCACCGCCGUGACGACGUCGCUGGCGGGGAGCGUCGCCGCGCUGACGACGCUCUACGGCAAGAGAUGGCUGACGGGGCACUGGAACGUGACCGACGUCUGCAACGGUCUCCUCGGCGGCUUCGCCGCGAUCACCGCGGGCUGCUCCGUGGUCGACCCGUGGGCGUCGGUGAUCUGCGGGUUCGUGUCGGCGUGGGUCCUCAUCGGCUGCAACAAGCUGUCGCUGAUUCUCAAGUUCGACGACCCGCUGGAGGCGACGCAGCUGCACGCCGGGUGCGGCGCGUGGGGGAUCAUCUUCACCGCGCUGUUCGCGCGCAGGGAGUACGUCGAGCUGAUCUACGGGGUGCCGGGGAGGCCGUACGGGCUGUUCAUGGGCGGCGGCGGGAGGCUUCUCGCGGCGCACAUCGUGCAGAUCCUGGUGAUCGUCGGGUGGGUCAGCGCCACCAUGGGGACGCUCUUCUACGUGCUGCACAGGUUCGGGCUGCUCCGCGUCUCGCCCGCGACAGAGAUGGAAGGCAUGGACCCGACGUGCCACGGCGGGUUCGGGUACGUGGACGAGGACGAAGGCGAGCGCCGCGUCAGGGCCAAGUCGGCGGCGGAGACGGCUCGCGUGGAGCCCAGAAAGUCGCCGGAGCAAGCCGCGGCGGGCCAGUUUGUGUAGUAGGAUCAUAUCGAUCGUGUCCGUUUGGGGAAAGUGUUUUGUGAAGUGUGCAUAUAUAAGCUGAGGCAGUCGUGUGGGCGUGGUGGCACUUCAGCCCAUGGUGGUUGUGGCUUUCUUUUGAUAUUUGCUUCCUUUCUUCUCUGCAUUUGCACCUGUAUGGAUUUUUGUGGCUUUCUUGUACAUGUUUAGACGUGUCCUGUUUGUAUCAGUAUUUAGGUCAUUAUGAUGUUAACGUGGAGCUCGGCAUAUGCCAUUUGGGAGAA